UUGUGUCGUUGCGCUGGCCUCUCAGUCUGGCGCGCAACAGUGACUCGUCGGCUCGACUUCGCUCGGCAGUCGCGAUCAAGCUCGCGUUCUAAACGGGACACGUGUGUGAUGCAGGGACUUCCUUAUUGCGCAUUUUUAACACAUUAUUUAUUACUUUUGCUUUCGGUACUUAGAGAUAACGCGACCCAUGGGAAAGAAGAGGAAUGAAUUGUCAUAGUUUCUUUGACCGCUCUGCUUGAACGUUUUCCCAAUCUUUUUUCUUCAUUUUCAUGUUUGUCAUUUGCUCUGGUUUUAUUUCCUAAUUCUCGACGUCAUUUAUCCGAGAGAAGAAUAAAUGUGAACAAGUUCGAAGGAUCGUAGACGAUGUGUGAACCUUAAGUUAAGUUAUCCUGAAAAUCGAAGAUGCUAUUCCAUUGUCCAUCGUUCCAUUGCGUUCGAUAUGUUUUUGUUUAAACGCCGCAAGCGGCUACGUUGAAGCUAUCGUUGUUCAUCUGUGCUCUUUAAAUAAAUCUUGACGAAUUUGACAAAGAGUGAAGCGAAAUCGCUAACGAGUUGUCGUUCGAUUCAUCGAAAAACUCGUCUCUUGUUCGCCGUGGAAACCAAAGCGUAUCUUGUAGCGUGCAGAGAGAUAGAGAAAAAAAAAGAAAAGAAGCAGUGUUUAACUCGUUGGGAAAGAGGGAAUCACGGGAAGAUCCCACGUAUUCGCUCGAUCGUUUUAGAGAGAGAGAGAGAGAGAGAGAGAGAGAGAGAGAGAGAGAGAGAGAGAGAGAGAGAGAGAGAGAGCGCGAGCGAGCGAGCGAGCGAGCGAGCGAGAGAGCGUCGAGGCCACGUGGGUGUUAUCGGAGCGAAUUUGCCCCGAGAGGUCGGUUCGGUACGUGGGAGUGAUUACACGAACGAGUUCAUUCAUCGUGCGGAUUCCAGCGCGCCGGAAGUGACGACGACUUCCUCGGAGAGCUCCGACGUACGUCGUCGAACGAGAGGGAGAGAGAGGAGAUUGCUCGAUUAGCGCGUGCAUUCGAGAUUCGUCUUUUGUGGAAAGUGCCACUCGAGAAACAAGUUUGGACGAGGAGGCGAAGAAGAAAGAUAAGAAAAUUACCGAAAGGAUAAUAAAGAAAGGGUAAAAAAGGAUGUCGAAGAUGACGGAAAAAGUAGGGAGACUCGAAAGGAGACUGCAAUGUCCUGUCGAAUGUCUCGUGGCUCCUUGAAUUCUUCUUAUCCGGCUCACCCUUCUUCGUUACUCUUUCCAUAUAUCCUUUCUUCUAAUCUCUCGACGUCGGUCUAUCUAGAAGAGAAUGAAAUCGAUGUAUAAGUCGUCGUUGCUCGAGUCACGAGGACGACCAAGGAUAUGCGAAUGAUCGACGAAUCCAUCCUAUCUUCCAUUAUUUUUCCUUCGUCGAAGCGCUACGACAUACGAUCAGUGCGCGAUUAUGCAGCUGAAGAAAGCGAUGCUUAAGAUAUUCGACCAAUCGCCAUUUCUCGAAAUCUGGUAAAAUGAGGAAUAAGAAGAAUAAGAGGAAGGAUAAGGAUAAGGAGAAGAAGAAGAAGAAGAAGAAGAAGAGGAAGAGGAAGAAGUAGAAGAAGAAGAAGAAGAAGAAGAAGAAGAAGAAGAAGAAGAAGAAGAAGAAGAGGAAGCGAAAGAGGAAGGAUGGAUCGCGUUGACCGAAAGCAAUUUCUUUGUUCCCUCAGGCCUGCACUUGCGGAGCAUCGAGGAGCCGAGGAUGACGGCGGAGACGGCAGCUCCUUGUCUGCAGGGGGUGCAAGGGGUGCAGGGCGUUAUGGCGGGUCAGGGCAUUUUGCAACAGGUGCAAGAUGGAAAGUCCACGGGAAGUUAUUACACCUCGACUACGACCGUCUACGAUCCGGAAUACGCUCGGAUGGAGGCCUGGCUCGACGAGCACCCUGACUUCGUCAAUGAUUAUUUUCUCAGGAAGGUGACACGGCAAACGGUAGACAUGUGGUUAGUCUCGCAUGCGACGCCAACGUCCUCGUCGAGCAGCUGCAUCGAAUUGUCCAGUCCAACGCACCCCGGUGGUUCCUCGUCCUCGGGUCGAGGUGCCUCCAGCGGUGGUUCCGGGGCCACGACACCGGUCAGAAAGAUAUCCGCACAUGAAUUCGAGCGAGGUGGCCUUUUGAAACCAAUCGUCAAUACGAUCGACGGUACGCCGACCUUCCUAAGCGUUUCCUCCGGGGAGACGGAUCAAUCCGGUGGGCAACCAGUUGGCUCGACUAAUUCUGCACGACCCCAAAGACGAUCUAGGCACGAGCUAAGGCAUCUGGACGAGAAGGAUCUUAUAUUCGAACUGGUCAAGGAUAUUUGUAACGAGUUGGACGUCAGGUCUUUGUGCCAUAAGAUCCUUCAGAACGUGAGCACUUUGCUACACGCCGAUCGCGGUUCUUUGUUCCUUGUCCAAGGCGAGAGAGGUGGCGGACACAUACCUUCCUUACAAAAUCACGAGGCGAACGUUAACUAUGGAACCGACAAUGGAACGUCCCGAAGGUCCAGCAAUCAGGGUUGCGGUCAAACCUAUUCGAAAAGUAGGUGUCUCGUUUCUAAGCUCUUCGACGUUUGCUCGAGGUCGACUCUCCUCGAGAUGGAGAAGAAGGACGAAAUCAAGAUUCCCUGGGGAACAGGGAUCGUUGGUUACGUCGCCGAAAGCGGAGAACCUGUCAACAUACCAGACGCUUAUAAGGAUUCGAGGUUUAAUCGUGAGAUCGAUGCGCUUACGGGAUACAGAACGAGAGCGUUGUUGUGUAUGCCGAUCAAGGAUUGCAAUGGCGACGUCGUCGGGGUCGCCCAGGUCAUCAACAAGCUCGGCGGAGAGGCGCAAUUCACGGCGCAGGAUGAAAAGGUCUUUGCCGGUUACUUGCAAUUCUGCGGAAUCGGCCUGAGGAAUGCCCAACUUUACGAGAAGAGUCAGUUGGAAGUGAAGAGAAAUCAAGUGCUGUUGGAUUUAGCCAGAAUGAUCUUCGAGGAGCAGAGUACGAUAGAACACAUGGUCCUGAGGAUCUUAACUCACACUCAAUCAUUGAUACAAUGCCAACGCGUUCAGGUGUUAUUGGUGCAUAAGGCAUCGAAAGGAAGCUUCUCUCGGGUGUUCGACUUCGAGGCAAACGAUCUCACGGGCGAAGAUUCCGAUUCUCGUACGAGUCCGUUCGAGAGUAGAUUUCCUAUAAACGUCGGCAUCACCGGAUACGUGGCGACGACAGGCGAGACGGUCAGUAUACCAAAUGCCUAUGAAGAUCUAAGAUUCGAUCCAUCCGUCGACGAAGGUACGGGUUUCCGACAUCGCACCAUACUCUGCAUGCCCAUAAAGAAUUCAUCCGGACAGAUAAUCGGCGUCAUACAACUAAUCAACAAAUUCGACGAUCUUCCUUUUACAAAAAACGACGAGAAUUUUGUCGAGGCGUUCGCCAUAUUCUGCGGCAUGGGCAUACACAAUACGCACAUGUACGAGAAGGCUGUGAUAGCGAUGGCUAAACAAAGCGUUACUUUGGAAGUACUGAGUUACCACGCGUCGGCAUCUUUAGAGGAUGCUCAAAGACUGAGGGGCUUAAGAGUGCCAUCCUCGGCGCACUAUCAAUUACACGACUUCAAAUUCGACGACAUUCAUAUGGAGGACGACGAAACUCUCACGGCUUGCCUAAGAAUGUUUCUCGAUCUUGACUUUGUCGAACGUUUUCACAUAGAUUACGACGUACUUUGUAGAUGGUUACUCAGCGUUAAGAAAAAUUAUCGGAACGUAACUUAUCACAAUUGGAGACACGCCUUCAACGUUGCACAAAUGAUGUUUGCCAUUUUAACUGCUACGCAGUGGUGGAAAGUCUUCGGUGAAAUCGAAUGCCUCGCUUUGAUCAUUGCUUGUCUCUGUCACGAUCUCGAUCAUCGUGGUACCAACAAUUCUUUUCAAAUCAAGGCUUCUUCCCCGCUGGCGCAACUUUAUUCGACUUCCACGAUGGAACAUCACCACUUCGAUCAAUGUCUAAUGAUACUGAGCAGUCAGGGUAAUCAGAUUUUGUCGAAUCUUUCACCGGAGGAAUAUUCUCGAGUGGUCAAGGUUCUCGAGGAGGCUAUUCUGUCAACUGAUCUUGCUGUCUAUUUUCGAAAGAGAGGAGCCUUUUUCAGCUUGGCGCGAGGUGGCGGCUAUAAUUGGGCAUACGGAGAUCAUCGUGAACUUUUGCGUGGUAUGCUGAUGACCGUAUGCGAUUUGGCGGCCAUCACGAAACCUUGGGAGGUCGAGAAGAGAGUGGCCGAGUUGGUUAGCAGUGAAUUUUUUGAACAAGGCGACAUCGAAAGGCGGACAUUAAAUAUUACGCCAAUCGAUAUUAUGAAUAGGGAGAAAGAGGAUCAGUUGCCGAUGAUGCAAGUUGGCUUCAUCGAUUCGAUUUGCCUCCCCAUAUACGAGGCAUUCGCUUUACUAUCGGACAAAUUGGAGCCCUUGGUCGAAGGUGUCACGAACAACAAGCGACACUGGUUGGAAAUUGCAGAGUCCAAGUGUCAGACGGAAAAUUGCACGAAUCACGAUAGGACGUCGACGUUAUCCGACGACGACAACGAAGAGAUCAACGAACAGGCGGAUCAAUAGUCGUUAAUAUCAGUGCAUGUGCGAUUAAAGUUUAAUGCCUCAGAAACGGAUCGAAAAGAUCGCGCUUCGAUCAUCGACAAGAGUGACGAACGAACGAAUGAACGAACGAACGAACGAAAGAACGAAAGAACGAACGAUCGAACGAACGAUCGAACGAACGAACGAACGAAUAUUGCCGUUUUGCCGCUUCAAGAAAUCUAUCGAGAAAUUUUCAUUCGUGGCCGCAACGCUUUUCGUCAACGCUUUUCGUCAACGCUUUUCGUCAACGCUUUGCAGUCAAAGAAUCUUUCCUAUUCUUGUGAUUUCUUCGGCGAGUAAAACGAAAAACAAAAAACACAAAAAUGAUAAUGGGUCGUUUAUAUGUUCGUUCGUUACGAUUAACAAACAUUACGUAAUGUAAGGAUCGAUAAAAAUAAAAUUGUAAUUAUUCUCGUUCUCGCGGGAUAAAAAAAAAGGUUUGUGAUAAAAGAACGAUCUUCGUCCUCUCUUCGAAAGAGAAAAGAAAAAGAAAUAAGACAAAUCGAUCCUGAUAUGCUACUCUUGUACCUGACCCGUAUUGUACCUAUAUACAUUAUGACAAUAUUUCUACGUUCGAGAGAGGAUGGAGAAGAUGAUAUGAGAAAAAAAGGAAAAGAAGAAGAAGGAAAACGAAAUGCGAUCGCGAAAGAUCGUUUUCGUUUUUCCUCUCGCUCGUAUUUAUAAGGAUCUCUUAUAAAACCAAUGGACGCAAACGCGAUGUGCAUAAUGACGCUAAGUGCGUGCGUGCGGCGUGCGUGCCUGUAUGUAUAUGCAAUUAUAUAUACAAAAUUAUACGAAUAUGUAUGUUGUAUGCAUGUAUAUAUGUAUGUAUGUAUGUAUGUAUGUAUGUAUGUAUGUAUGUAUGUAUGUAUGUAUGUAUGUAUGUAUGUAUGUAUGUAUGUAUGCAUGUAUGUAUGCAUGUAUGAAUGUAUAUUCGUAUACCAAAGUGCACAUUUACAUAUAUCGAGAUCGAUCGCUGAACGACGACGAGAACGAUAUUUAUCGUCUCUCCUCGUUCAUGUCCGUUAGUUAAAAUCCUUCGAUUAAGCCGAAAGAGAAUCUGUGUCUCUCUUUUCUCUUCUCUUUUCCUCGCUUCCCUCUCUUUUUUCUCGAAAAAUUUUGGCGGCUAGGUUGUACUUCUUAGACGUCUCGAUCCUUGAAUAUAGAGCACGGUUUUCCUUUUUCCUCGCAUAAAUCUGUCAAAUCACGAUGAUAUAUCCUUUAUAUCGGAUCGAAUAUAAGUAACAACGGCCACCCGAGUCCAGACGAUGAUCAUACAUAAUGUUAGAUAUAUACAUCUAUAGUUAAUCUUUUUUGAAAAUCUUACCUUUGCGAUUAAGCUUUAAGAAAUUCUCAUCAUGUCGCUAAUCGUAUCGCCGUAAUAAUCCGCAUUAGAUGUGAUUUAAAUAAUGGAACCUUUAAAGUUCCCUUUAGUUCGAAAGAAUUAUUAAAACUGUUUGUGACGAAGAAACGAAAACUCGACAAAGUGAGAGAUGAUAUAAGAAACAAAAAUAAAUGAAUAAAUAAAAAAGAAAAAGGAAAGAAGGAACAUAUGUGAAAUAAAUUUGCGAGAAUUCAUCGUAAAUUUUUGAAAGUCAUUUGAAAAUAGACAUGAAACCGACGAUGAUCAUGUUUUGAUCAUUGUACUAUUAAAAAGAACAAAAAAAGAAAAAAAUAAAGAGAACGAACGGAGUGUGUCACGUAUAAAUCGAACAUAUCAUUUUCCAUAAGCUUAUCAAAAUUAAUAAAUAAUAAUGAUGAUGACGAUGAUAAUGUUAAUAAUAAUAAUAUUAAUAAUAUUAAUAAUACUAAUAAUAAUAAUAAUAAUAAUAAUAAGAAUAAGAAUAAGAAUAAGAAUAAGAAUAAUAAGAUUAAUAAUAAUAAUAGUAAUAAUAAUAAUAAUAAUAAUAACAAUAAAAUAAUAUCUGGAAUAAUCGGGCUCAAGGAUCUGAUAAGUUUAUCCUAUCGUAUCUAUAUAUAAUUCUUGUAAUCUUUCGAGAUCGAUAUAACUCGAUACAAUUCGAUAUAAUUGACCACGUGAAAUCAAAGAAGGAAUAUUAACUGGAAUAAUUGUCAACUUUCCAAGCACACUUUCUGCGAAAAAUAUUGGAGUGAUCGUGUACGAUCGACCGAUCGUAAGGACCAUUGGUUAUCAUCUUUCUUUACGACAGAUGUUAAAUUGAUUUUUUAAAAAGAGACGAAACUUCAAGAGUCGAUGAAAAUAUUAAUCAGAGAGAUACGCCUACGUGUGUGAGCGUUAUUACUUAUACGAAUACGUUAUAGUCUUAGUUUGCGUUUUUCUUUUUCUACGUGUUCCUCUUGUAUCUACGAAAGUGUCCUUUCUUUUUUAUUAUCGAUCCCAAAACCUUAGUCCCUCUCUCGCCGAUCGCGACACGGUGAGAAUAAAGAAAAAGAAAUGAGAAAUAUAUUAUUUAGAAGAAGAUGCGUUGUGUGAGUGUAAUCAAGCGCGCAUAUAACGUAAUGAAAGAGUAGAAAACAGGAUGUUGUAUUGUAUAAUUUUUGUGUAAAUUAUUGAUACGAUACGAUGCGAAAGGCGUGCGACAUGGCACACACACAUACACACAUACACACACAAGACCGUUUAUCGUGCCACGCUUAAUGGUAGCACGAAAGUCAUAUUAUAUGAACGAUAUCUAAUAUAUUAAAAGAAAAUUAAGUUAUGUGCGAUACACGUGAA